GCUUAACUUGUAGCGUCAUCUGUUGUUUACAAUAUUAUACAGGUUAUUUGAGUUUGGUGGUUUUCAAAGGUUAUGUUUUACCUUAUUUAUAAGUGCAUCCAAGUAAAAAGUGAGAUAAAUAAAUAAUAUAAUAAUAAAAUUCACAAUGAACCCUCUAACGAAUAUGAAAAAUGUCAAAAAGCUGAGUGAGCAGGAGUUGUACACUGGUAACAAGACAUCAUGGCAUGAUCAGUAUAAAGACAGCGCCUGGAUUUUCGUUGGGGGUCUACCAUACGAUCUCAGUGAAGGCGAUAUUAUUUGUGUCUUUUCACAGUAUGGUGAAGUAGUAAAUAUAAACUUGAUACGAGCCAAGGAUACAGGCAAAUCAAAAGGUUUUUGUUUUUUGUGUUACGAAGAUCAAAGAUCAACAAUUCUUGCAGUUGAUAACUUGAAUGGGAUCAAGAUACUGAAAAGGACUAUCAGGGUCGAUCAUGUAGCUGAGUAUAAAGUACCUAAAGAAGGCAAAAAGACAGAUGAAGAUACCAAAAAAUUGUACUCUGAAGGAUGUGCGCCUAAAGCUACGCCUAUAGUGCCAAAAGGCCGAACUCCACCAAGAGAUAUUAGAGAAACCAUUGGUGAUAUUAUUGAAUCGGAUAUAAAGCUACCACAAAGGCUGCCUAUUUAUGAUAUCAAACAAGAAGAAACAGACCCGGAGCUUCCUAGGCAAAUAAAACAAGAACCUACAGAGAAAAAUGGGGAUUCUACAUCUUCAAAGAAAAAACAUAAAAAGACGAAAAAGUCAAAAAAGAAGAGAUAUAACAGUAGUUCAUCUGAUGAAUCGGAAUCUAGGAAACGUAAAAAGAGCAAAAGGAAAGAUACACAUGAAGGAAGAAAUAAGAAGUAUUCACAUAGCAGCUCUGAGUCUGAUUGAAAGUUAUUAAAUAAAAUAUUAUUUUACAGAGCUUUAAGAUAUUUGUAUAACUUCCCAGGAUUUGGAAUUUUUAAUAAAAAGAACUUUUAAAUUUAUUCAGCUAAUUGUAUUUAUUUCACGUUUAGAAUAUCUUUUUUAUAGUUUAAGACCAUGUUGCCGAUUCUAAC